AUGUCUUCGAGCUCCAAUCUCUUUCUCUCCGACACUUCUUUCGACCCAUUUUCUCCCUUCACCGAUUACCCACUAGAUUUCGACAUCCUUCAAGAAAUCACCCAAAUUUCCGAUCAAGAUUUCCCAAACCCAAUUUCCCAAAUCCCAUCUCCACUUCUUUCAUCAUCCCCACCAAGUCACCUCCUUCAGAAUCUCUCCCUCAAUUACCAAUCAACCCAUUUACAAAACCCCCCUGUUUUGUCUGUAAAAUCAGAGGAAUCUCAAUUCCCUCUUUACUACUUCAAUGGCGGAAACCAUUAUGAUGAAAAUAAUGCUGAGAAGAUCAUGCAGAGAAGCUUUAGCAGUAGACUCUUCCAACCCAUGUUCGAUGGAGUUAUGGAAAACGUUCAAACUCAAACCUUGAGCUCGCCGGAAAACACCUUUAUCUCCACUUCCGGUCAAAUGAGAAGGGCAUGUAGCACCGGAGAUUUACAAGUGAAAAGCAGAGAUGGGUUGCUUUCUAGCCCAUCGGCGCCGGCGCCGGGGAGGUAUACGGCGGAGGAGAGGAGAGAGAGGAUUCAUAGGUAUAGAGCAAAGAGAGCUCAAAGAAACUUCAACAAGACGAUCAAGUAUGCAUGUAGAAAGACAUUAGCGGACAAUAGGCCGAGGAUACGUGGUAGAUUUGCUCGCAAUGACGAACCUUCUGAAAUGAUUCCAAAACCUGCAACUUUUAACCGUUACGAUGAAGAAGAUGAUCUCUGGAUGGAUAAUUUCAAUGACGAAGAGGAUGAAGGAACGAUAAGAGGUGGACAUGUCUUUAACCUUUUGGAUCCAAGCGAGUUGCAAUACUACAAUUAUUGA